CCUUCACAAUCCCUCCAACGGCAUCCAUAACCGCCGUUGUCAAAACGAUUCCCGUUGUUUUCUCUGUGUUGGACCCGACCGCACGCGCUCUCUCUCCCUCCCAUCACACACGCUCGCAGCACAUCAUCCUCCGCUACAACCACAACACGCGCUCGCACACCGCCAUCCUGACACACAGCUGGUUAGCUAGCUAGCUAACGUUGCUUCUCAUUCACCGGCGGCGUUGUCGUUCUGUUUUAUUUCUGUAUUUCAGUCUUGUUAUGUGUGAACGUGACUAAAGUUGAAGUAACGGAUUAUCUGCAUCCCUCCUCGGCUGACCGGGAGCCGUCAUGGAGUGCCGUGUUCUGUCCAUACAGAGCCAUGUAGUCCGGGGAUAUGUGGGCAACAAGAGCGCCUCGUUCCCAUUACAGGUCUUAGGGUUUGAGGUGGACUCCAUCAACUCUGUCCAGUUCUCCAACCAUACAGGUUAUUCUCAUUGGAAAGGCCAGGUGCUGACAGCAGAUGAGCUCCAUGUUCUUUAUGAAGGAAUCAAACUGAACAACGUACACCAGUAUGACUAUGUUUUAACAGGGUAUACCAGAGACACAUCCUUCCUGGAGAUGGUCGUGGACAUUGUUCAGGAGUUAAAGAGAGCCAACCCCAACCUUGUGUAUGUAUGUGACCCUGUCCUGGGUGAUCAUGGAUCUAUGUACGUUCCUCAGAAUCUUUAUCCGGUCUAUAAGAACAAGGUGGUUCCUGUUGCAGACAUUAUUACUCCUAACCAGUUUGAGGCUGAGUUAUUGACAGGGAAAAAUAUCAGCACAGAGAAAGAUGCCAUAGAGGUCAUGGACCUUCUCCAUGCUAUGGGCCCAGACACAGUGGUUAUCACCUCCUCUGAUCUACCCUCCAGACUCGGAGAUCGCUUCCUGGUGUCACUGGGCAGCCAGCGCCAUGUUCGCCCUGAUGGCAGCAGGACGACGGAGAGGGUUCGAAUAGAAGUGCCCAAAGUGGACGCGGUUUUUGUGGGAACUGGAGAUUUAUUUGCUGCUAUGCUGCUAGCGUGGACUCACCACUACCCUAAUGACCUAAAGAUGGCCUGUGAGAAGACCUUUUCAGUGAUGCACCAUGUCAUCCAGCGGACAAUUUCGUAUGCUCAUGAGUUGGCAGGUCCUGGUCGGAGGCCCAGUCCGCCCCAGCUGGAGCUGAGGAUGGUUCAAAGUAAAGCGGACAUAGAAGACCCUGCUAUAGUUACGGAGGCCACUCUCAUAUCCUAACAUUACGAACUCAUAAGACUCAUACUAACCCAUCAAUCUCUUAAAUCCUGUAUCUCGGUAAAUCUGUCAUCACUGUAAACCUUGACUGUCAUCUCCAAACUUCAACACCUCAUCAUCCAGACUCCUGAAACUCCUUUAGUAUUGUAAACCCCCCUUAAGUCCCCUUAACCCUUUACCCCUUUAAAUCCUCAGUGUCCUGACCCAGUAAACUGAACCCUUUACCUGUAACUCCUAACACCUUUAACCCAAAAAAGAGCCAUGGAUAGACAGAACAUUUGUUCAGAUUGGACUGUUGCUUCUUCUCUAACAAGCAAUACAUCUGAAAACUGCAAAGUUAAAUAAUUAUGUGUCACAAACACACCUUAACUCUACUUACUAUAAAAUAAAAAGAUUAAAAUCAGGAUUAGAGAAGACAAACACACAGGGGUAGAAAUAGUUAAAGGGGUUUGUAUUGACGUAAAAAUAAAGUUACUUUAAUUAAAACUGACAUAGCAGAGGUAAAAUUAUUGGUAUAUAAAUCUACUCAAGCAAGAAUAAAAAAGUAAUUAAUUUAAAGUUUACUCAUGGUACUGAAUGGUUAGUUUUGAUACCUGAGUCAAGAGGGUCAAAAAGUGAAGUGAUACAUUUCAUUUGCACGUAGCUGACAAAAAGCUAGGACCUCAUUUUUUCCAUUUUGAUUUACAUGUGAAUGUAUACACCUUAGUCCGACCAGACUGGACGAGGCAUUCUGCACAUGCGCCAUCCCGGAAGUGAAUUAGCAUAAAUGCAGGAGUCUCAUUGUCUCACACACUGGCUCUACACACCAGUUAGCUCUUAAUAUAAUUGCAGUGUUUACAUUGCUCACACUGAACAGCUAUCGCUCUGUUUAUCGAUGGCUCUGCCCACCAAUAUUUCAACCCCCUCCCUGUCUUACAGCAGUGAUGUAAUGGUGACCAAGUCUAACCCUCUUCAAAAUAUAACAAAGGAAAAAAAAACGCACAAUGUAUAGUUGAUGUAUAGAUGUUGUACUAUAACUGUAUUGGACCAUCUGUAUGAUAUCUUCUAUCUGA